GAAAGAUGGUUGACAAUGAAAAGUCAUGCGUUUACAAGAACCCAGACGCGCCGGUGGAGGCGCGUGUUCAGGACCUUCUCUCUCGCAUGACUUUGCCGGAAAAGAUUGGCCAGAUGACUCAGAUCGAACGCACCGUCGCUUCUCCAGCCGCCAUUACAGAUUUCUUCAUCGGUAGUGUACUGAACGCAGCAGGAAGUUGGCCACUCGAGGAUGCAAGGCCGUCAGAUUGGGCUGAUAUGAUCGAUGGCUUUCAGCGAUCAGCGUUAGCGUCGCGUUUGGGAAUCCCCAUUAUCUACGGCAUCGACGCCGUUCACGGCAACAACGACGUUUACGGCGCCACCGUCUUCCCUCACAACAUCGGCCUCGGCGCCACAAGAGAUGCGGAUUUGGUCAGAAGAAUUGGAGCUGCAACUGCACUUGAAGUAAGAGCGAUUGGUGCUCACUUGGCGUUUGCUCCCUGCGUUGCGACAGUGAAAGAUCCGAGAUGGGGAAGAUGCUAUGAGAGUUAUGGUGAAGUUCCUACAAUUGUUUCUGAGAUGACUUCACUUGUCUCAGGUCUACAAGGCCAACCACCUAAAGAACAUCUCAAUGGUUACCCUUUUGUAGCAGGAAGGAAAAACGUGGUCGCUUGUGCCAAGCAUUUUGUUGGAGAUGGUGGAACGUAUAAAGGUAAAAACGAAGGCAACACCAUUCUGUCAUAUGAAGACUUAAGGAGAAUACACAUUGCUCCCUAUAAGAAAUGUAUUGAGCAGGGAGUCUCUACCGUUAUGGCCUCUUACUCUAGUUGGAACGGAGAUAAACUUCACUCUCAUUAUCUUCUCUUAACAGAAGUUCUCAAACAAGAGCUCGGUUUCAAGGGAUAUCUAGCCUCAGAUUGGGAAGGCUUGGACCGGCUUAGCGACCCUCCUGGUUCAAACUAUCGCAACUGCGUCAAGAUCGGAAUCAAUGCUGGAAUUGAUAUGGUGAUGGUACCCUUCAAGUACGAACGGUUCAUACAAGACCUGAUAGAUCUAGUGGAGUCAGGGGAAGUACCAAUGGCUCGUGUGGAUGAUGCUGUUGAAAGAAUACUCAGAGUGAAGUUUGUAGCUGGUCUCUUCGAACAUCCUUUCACAAACCGGUUUUUGUUUCCUGCCGUUGGUUGCAAGGAACAUAGAGAAUUGGCACGUGAAGCGGUUAGAAAGUCGUUAGUCCUGCUAAAGAACGGAAAAUGUGGACCAUUUCUUCCAUUAGAUUGCAACGCCAAGAGAAUUUUAGUGGUUGGAACGCAUGCGGAUGAUCUUGGAUAUCAGUGUGGAGGAUGGACAAAGACAAUGUUUGGUCAAAGCGGAAGGAUCACAAUAGGCACAACGCUUUUAGACGCCAUUAAAGCAACAGUUGGAGACAAAACCGAAGUGGUAUUCGAGAAGACUCCUUCGGAGAAAACCUUAGCCUCGAGUGAAAGAUUCUCUUACGCAAUUGUUGCAGUGGGGGAACCGCCUUAUGCAGAGACUAAGGGAGAUAACUCGGAGCUCAUAAUACCUUUUAAUGGUAGCGAGAUUGUAACUGCGGUUGCGGAGAAAAUCCCGACUCUGAUGAUCUUGUUCUCAGGACGGCCUAUGGUACUUGAGCCAAAGGUUCUUGAAAAGACAGAGGCUCUGGUUGCUGCUUGGCUGCCUGGAACCGAAGGACAAGGGAUUGCUGACGUGAUUUUUGGAGAUUAUGACUUUCAGGGGAAGUUACCAAUGAGCUGGUUCAAAAGCGUAGACCAGUUGCCCCUUGACAUUGAGGCAAAUGGUUAUUUCCCAUUGUUUCCUCUUGGUUUUGGUCUUAGUUGUGAUGCCAUGGAGAACUCAAAACAAGUUUAACUUCUGCGGUCUGAUUGAGGAACAGAUGCAAAUAUAUGGCAUAAUAAAAGGGUACAUUUUAUCAACUUUGUUGUCGUUGUUGUAACUGUUUUUACAAAUUUUUAAGGGACUUUUUUCUAAAUGGUCUUUGUUCAAAUUGGUUCAAAACUUGUUCUUACAUUGGUAUAAUAAAUUUAUAUAGU